GUGCUCUGUAUUGCAGAGAAACCGUCAGUCGCCAACACCGUUGCCACCAUCCUGAGCAACGGCAGGAAAAGAAGCAGAUCGAAUCCUGCAGGGCAUGCGCCCAUGUGCAGGAUCCACGAUUUCUUCUACCACUUUCAACCUGCUAGGAGGAAGAGCCUGAUCAGUUUCACCUCGGUCAUUGGGCACGUCGAGGCCAUGGAGUUCGAUGAAGACACUGGUAGCGAUCCGAGGAAUCUGUUCGGGGCCCGGGUGAAAAAGGUGUUCGAGACUUCGGUGGAGGAGGAGGAGGUGGACCGGCACCUCUUGAGCCUGGCGGAGGGACGGCAGUACCUCUUCCUCUGGUUGGACUGCGACAGGGAGGGGGAGAACAUCUGCUUCGAGAUCCUCAGGCUCUUCCGGUCUCGCGGUUACUUCCUGUCUGACGACGUGGUGUUCCGAGCACGAUUCUCUGCUCUCUCCUCCGACAGCCUCAAGAGAAGUUUCUCGAGCCCAGGGAAGCCCAACGAGGAGGAGGCCAUGGCGGUGGACGCGAGGCAGGAGAUGGAUCUCAAGGUGGGCGUGACCUUCACCCGCCUGCUGACCAGGAGGUUCUUGGAGGGUGCGAGGAGAAAGUUCAACGACAGUAAGCUGAAGCUGCUCUCCUUCGGGCCCUGUCAGACUCCGACCCUUUUCUUCUGCGUCCGUAGGGACGAGGAGAUCCGGCGAUUUGUCCCCAGGAAGUUCUGGAGGAUAGAGGUGGAGGUGGAGGUGCUGGUGGGGGGCAGCAGGAGCAGGACGCUGGACCUCAAGUGGAUGCGAGGGUCGACCUUCGAUCGCAACCAAGCUCUCCUUGCGUUGAGGUCCUGCCAGCAGACCUCGCAUGCUCGGCUAGUGAGGGUCGAGAAGAAAGAGCGAUCCCUGGAUCCUCCCCUUCCUCUCAACACCGUUGCUCUCCUUCAGCUCGCCUCUCUCCGGCUGGGCUUCUCCCCGGCUAAGACGAUGGCAAUCGCUGAGCGCUUGUACACGCGAGGAUACAUCUCCUACCCGAGGACGGAGACUAGCAGGUUCCCUCCCUCCUUCGAUCCCUCCGACCUCUUGCGACCGCUCGUGGACGGGUCGCAGCUGGGAAGGUUUGUGGAGAAGAUGCUGGAGGAAGGAUGCGUUUCCGUCCCAUCCCGAGGAGUCGAUCGCGGUGAUCAUCCGCCGAUCACGCCGAUGAAGAGUGGGAGCAUGGGUAGUUUGGGAAGGGAGGAGAGGAGACUGUGGGAGCUGGUCGCUUCGAACACCGUUGCGUCCCUCAUGCCCACUUUCCGCUUCCUAGAGAGACGAGGCAUCUUCAAGCUAGGAGGGGCGGAGGAUGGAGACGAGGAGGGGAAGGGACGGACACAAGGAGCGGGGAGGGGGAGAGGCAGAGGAAGGGGGCAAGGGAAGGAGGAGCAGGAGGGGGAGUCUGUCCCAGUGAGGAGCGUGAGGGUUGUGGAGGAGGAGACGAGUGCUCCUGAGCCGCUGAAGGAGGCAGAGCUGGUGCAGCUCAUGGACAAGCACGGCAUCGGAACAGACGCGUCCAUCUCGUCCCAUAUCGCCAACAUCCUGGCGCGGAGGUACGUGCAGGUUAGGUUGGGGGUCAGGCACCUGAAACCAACGGAGCUGGGGCUGGCGAUGAUCGCGGGGCUGCGGGAGGUGGACGAGAGCUUGGUGCAGCCGCGUCUGCGGGCAGCGAUGGAAGAGCAGGUGUCGCUGAUAGCUCAAGGAGCAGCGAGGAAGGAGGAGGUAGUAGACGUUAACCUCGCUCUCUUCCUGGAGAAGUUU